AGAAUGUGGGCGGACAUCCAACAUUAUCAACAACUCAGAUCUUCUUUCUCCCGAGGUCUCUUCACCUCGCUCGAACUUGUGGAUCCUCUCGGGAGCUGGAACGAGGGUGCAUGGCAGAUGACUCCCUUCAAUGGGGAAGGAGUGAACGACAAUGCUGCCAUGAGGGUAGGAACGGAUCCAGCGAGCUAUCAGACGACUGGAGGAUACGCGCUGUACCCCGGAGUCCUUCCCUCCUGUAAGGACGGGCAUGAGGCGCCAUGCUCGUAAAGCGCUGCGGGAGGCUGUGAGAGCAGAGAUCUGAUGCUUCCUCGUCUUUGUUAACUCACUCUGCUCUCCCUCCCCUGCCCUUCACGCUCGCUCGUACGCCUUCUCUGAGACUAUGUGUGCGAGCCAGCAGGACAUGGUGAGCUCCUGUAGUCUUGUAAGUUUGCUCUGUUGCCAUGAAACAGAAUCAGUUUUG